UUUACGGCAGUUAUUUAGUUUAUAAUAUUUUCGCUUAGUAAUUCAUUCAAUAGUAUUUUCUAGUUAGAAUUAGAAGUGUUUAAAGUAUAUUCAUUGCAUGUAAAAUAUAUCGGCAUGCGAUGACGUCACAUCCGGUUUCGCCGCGUCUUGUGGGAAAACACCGGUUUGAAAUUAGCGCGAGGGUGGGGGCUUUCCACGAGGCUCACCUGAGCACAAGCAGUUUUGCAGGCAUGAGAAAUCACAGUGAGAGCAACGCUUUUUCACCAUAUGUUAAUGUGAAGAGUGAACAGUAAAUGGUUAAUCUUACUGCGAUCUGGUUUGCAUUGGCUGUGGUUUAUCCGGACGUUAAAUUCGGCGUUUCGUUACACCCGAAGGAGAACGUGACAGUGAAAAAGCGGCAUUAUCAGGUGUUUCAAGUGCUGCAAUGUCAGCUCAAUCCAGCAUCAAGUCGACGCCGCCCAGCGACAAGGGCAGUAAACCGACAUCAAGUAAGCCCACCCAGGCGUUAUCAGGUGUUCCAAGUGCUGCAAUGUCAGCUCGAUCCGGGAUCAAGUCGAUGGCGCCCAGCGACAAGGGCAGUAGAACGACAUCAAGUAAGUCCACACAGGCAAGAGCCAAGGCAGAAGCCGCCAAGGUGCGACUGCAUUACGCCAGACAAGAAGCAGUUUUGAAAAUGAAACUGGCCACCAGAGAAGCCGAAAUCCAGAAAGAAAGGGCCGCCAGAGAAGCCGAAGAGGCUGCCAGACAAAGAGAAGAGGCCGCCAGAGAAGCCGAAACCCAGUUGGAAAUGGCAAAAAUAUCGACAGAGUUGCAAGUGCUGCAGCUAGAAAGAGAAGAAGCUGCUGCCAUGGCGGAAGCAAAGUACAUAGAAGAAGCUGAAGGGUCGCGUGAUCUGACCGCAGCUAGAUCUACUUUAGAAAGGACCAGACUGGAACGCACAAGCGACUAUGUACAAUAUCAAAUAGACAGGCAGGCUCGUCUCCCCUCUCCAUACGUAUUCGAUAACUUCCCCAGCUACGAGGAGCCUCAGAGAGUCACGAUUGCAUCACAUCCAUACGAGGAAGGAAAUUUACCCUCACGGCUCCGUGACGAAGUCAAGAAUGAAAGACCCGACGACGCUCCUUCACCCCCACAACAGGACGGCGGGGAGGGAGAGGUUCACUCCAGGACAACAAUUGUCAGCUCGAACUGUACAGAAGUUUGCGGUCAAACUCAGUCAAGCCGUUCUUGUUCCGAGAUCUGCCUCACUGAGGUGUACCCUAAAGAAGCACAACAAGACAUUACCAAGCGUAAAGUAACCGACGAGACGCUAGGUCAGUCAGUUUUCGUUCAAACCGAGCACGGAAACAAACUUGCACAAUCAGCUCAAGAUACCAUUUCUUUAAAACCCAAAGACACCAAGGUCUUCAGAGAUGAAGCAAAUAAUGGGGUUGCCCCAUUGCCAAUCAGAGAACCACGCCAGCGCUCACCAGAUAACAAAGAGCAGGCAGUCAAACGGUUCACGUCCUUACGGAAAACCUGGAAAAGGAAACCUGAGAUACAGCAACGCACCCGAUUGGCCCACGAGGUACUGUGCACCCUAAUGGCAGAGGUCACAGCCAUUAUAAACGCACAAUCAUUCCUACCUGUGUCUUCUGACCCAGAAAACCCCUUUAUACUUUCGCCAUCAACGCUCCUUACGCAGAAGGCAGGAGCACCUCCGCCACCAGGAGACUUUUCAGACAAAAAGCAAUGGAGACAAGUCCAGGCUCUGGCAAAUCAGUUCUGGCCUCGCUGGAGACAAAAAUAUCUACCUUCGUUGCAACAGAGACGAAAGUGGACAGAACCCCGCAGGAAUCUUCAAGUUGGAGACCUAGUCCUGCUCAGGGACAAGCAAGCCACCCGCAACAGCUGGCCAACGGCCAGAAUCACUGCUACAUUCCCUAUCGAGGAUGGACAUGUCAGGAAGAUCGAAUUGAAGACUACCGACCAAGGCGAUGUGAAAAUUUACCAAGGGCCAGUUACAGAAGUUAUUCUACUUCUACCCAAUGACUGAUUAAGAGACUAAGUUUUGUACUCUGCUCAUUGUGACCUUACGAAGGUCAAGCGGGGAGUGUGCUGUCUUUACGGCAGUUAUUUAGUUUAUAAUAUUUUCGCUUAGUAAUUCAUUCAAUAGUAUUUUCUAGUUAGAAUUAGAAGUGUUUAAAGUAUAUUCAUUGCAUGUAAAAUAUAUCGGCAUGCGAUGACGUCACAUCCGGUUUCGCCGCGUCUUGUGGGAAAACACCGGUUUGAAAUUAGCGCGAGGGUGGGGGCUUUCCACGAGGCUCACCUGAGCACAAGCAGUUUUGCAGGCAUGAGAAAUCACAGUGAGAGCAACGCUGUAAGUUAAUAGAUAAUCGAUAUAUUGAACUAAGAUGUUAAUAGUGAUCCUGUUAGAGGUAACGUCGGUAGAUAAUGUUUAUGCUUUCGUUAGUUAAAGAGUCGCGGAUAGUUUGCAUGGAAGUGUAUUUAAAGUAGUCAAUGGAGCAGGUAAACUCUCCCUGUAUACUGCACCUUAGUGUAAUGUAGUUAUAGUCACCUUUGCAAGUAUUUACACUUGAAAUGUGAUAUUAAGGAAGGAACAAAUACUGUAUCAAUCUUGUAUUGUUUUAUCAACAGUUUUCACCAUAUGUUAAUGUGAAGAGUGAACAGUAAAUGGUUAAUCUUACUGCGAU